UCUCUCCUUCUCUCUCUCCCUCUCUCUCCCUUUCUUUCUCUCCCGCUCACUCUCCCGAUCCCUUCCUCUCCCUCAACCCCUCUACAGCUGUCGGGGCCGCCGUGCUCUGUCUCCUUCGACCUGAACAGCAGGCGUCAUCCGGCGUCAACAACAAAUGCCUCCAAUGCAACCAGGGCAGCAGCCCAAGCGACGAAGAAGGAGGCGCAGGCCAGGGGAAGAAGAGGAGCCUGUGCUCCGGACCACAUGUGAUGCAUGCACGUCGGCUAAGGUCAAGUGCAACGGCGAGAAGCCAUGCGUGCGCUGCAGCAACAAGAACAUCCAGUGCGAGUAUACGUUCAAGAAGCGCUGCGGCCCGAAGCGGCGCAAGGGCGUCCCCGUGGACAAUAACGGCGGCUUGUUGGCUCCCUACCCGGAUGGCGUGAACGGCAGCAAGUUGGUGGGCCUGAACGAGCACCUCCGCGGGGAGCCCACUACCCUCAACAAGGACGAGGUCGAGUGCGUGGACGUGUUCAUGCAGAACAUCAACUCCUUCUUGCCGCUCACGACGAUAGACACGGUGAUGAGGGCCGCGAAGGCGACUGCCCCUGCGGCCGGCAGCGGGGAGGGCAGCGAGGAGGAGAAUCAGCGUGACACCGAGACCGAGGAGCGCAGCCAGUUCCAUCACGCCGGGAAGGCCAUGCUCCACGGGGCCAUCGCCCUAGGGGCGGAGUUCCUCGAGAAGGAGGAGGUGUCCGUGACGCAUGCCGUGGCUGCCCGGGAUCAGAUCAAGGAGUGCUUCGACGCUGCAGCACCGGAGCUGGUGGCCGCGCACCUAAUCCUGGCGCUGUACUGGACGCACCAGAUGGAUUCUUCCAAGAUCAACCGCUACAUCGGCCUCGCGCACCAGAGCAAUAACAUCAUUAGCGACUCCCCCGGCGCGCUGGUAGCCUCCUUGACAUUCGUCAGCGUUAUUCUCUACGACGCCAAGGUGGUGAGCAGCAUAGGGUGCCUGGUGAAACCGCCGGGGUCGUCGAACCGUGCGGGCAUCCCCUCGUCCAGCAACCCUGCCGCCUGCCAGGAGCGUGUGCUCAACAUCCUGAGCUACGUGUUGCUUGCGAUCCACAACCGAUCGUCGAGGUCCAACCUGGCGGGGAACCCCGCGAUGUCGACCGGGGACUGGGAUCCGAAGGCGAUGACGGAUCACAUCUACGAGGCUAAGGCCCUGCUGGACAAGGGGUCCGCAGGGGGCGGGCCUAACGACAUCUCCCGGUGCAUCGUGGUAGUCCUCCAGGCGUAUUUCCUGCUGCUGACGAAUAACCGCCGGCAGGCCAUCGUGAUCACGGAGCCCCUGGCGGACCUGGUCGCCGACAACCCGCUCGUGCUGCACCUGCCGAUCGUCUGGUCGCUCGUGGGGUGUGUGCGCGUGCUGCUGGACGGGGCGGACCGAACGAUCGCGGUGGAGCGGCUGCAGUCGGCGAUGGCGCCGCUCGCCAACCACCUGGGGUUCUCGACGGACGAGAGCCUGGUCGAGCAGGAGCUAAUGAGCGUCUUCAAUGGCAAGCAAGGGUUGACAAAGCGGAAGGGCGCGACGACCGCACCGUCGUCGGCGGCGGCGGCGGCGGCGGCGGCGGUGGCGGCGGCUUCGGCAGCCACGACUGGCGACAUCCUCGUGAGGAGCAGCAGGGCCCAGACUUCCUCCCUCAACGUGACCGCGCAAGACUACUCCCACCGUGGACGAUCGGCGAUCAACAUGCUCGCCCUGGAGCCUUCGCCGGCCCCACGACGGCGCGGUUUACCCACCUCGGCGACCAGGCAAGGUGUCUCUGCCGCCGGCGGCGGCGGGGGCGGCGGGGUCGCGACAUGCCUCUUGUCGGCGGCGAUGGUAUCCUCCGGGGAACCACCGGUGGAGGCAUCGUCCCCUCCCCCCUCGCGGGCGGGCGCGCUCACCAGGGUGCCGGCGGCCCACGGCCGCUCGCUGUCGAUCCCGGCCCCGUUCGUCCCGAAGCAGUCGAUGCUCCAGCUCGACAUGCCGUUCAUGGGCAGUUGUUUCCUGAACAACAACCCGCCGGCCGCUGUUCAGCCAGGCACGGACGGCUUGUCGGUCAUGAUCAAGGGGGACCUGGGCCUGCCUCAGCAGGGCGGCCACGCCGCCGCGGCCGGGGAGGGCGAGCCGAGAGAGAGGGACGAAGCCCUGCUUAACAAGCUUGUCGCGAGCCGGGCGCAGAUAAUGAGGGAGCAGCGGGAGCAGCAGCAGAGCUUUAGCGCCGACGCGCCGGUGCCGUCGUUGGACGAGGCUGCCGGCGAAGGGAACGGGGUAGGGCUCGAGGACGAGGACGGCCGGCAACAGAGCUUCAAGGCCGACGCUCCCGUUACCCUGGACGACGGCGUCAAGCUCGGGGAGGACCGGAGGGAGCUCAUGGCCAAGCAGCAGGUGCAACAGAGCUUUGUUGCGGACGCCCCGGUGUCUCUCGAGCAGGUGGAGUCGAACAUGGCCCGGUUGGGUGUCUCACAUCCAGACGACGAAGACCAACGCAAUAGAAUCGUGACUUCGAUGGACCUUGAAGUGGCGGCGGAAUUGCUGGCAACCAAGACCACAAGUUUCAUCUCGUAGCGUAAGAGACUCAAUCAUCGUCCACGUGUUUUUU